UUCUUCUUCAUCUUCAAAAAUAAGAUCUAAUCUAUGAGCAUUCAGAUCCAGAGCAGUACUCAUGUUCUCUCAGUAUUGGUUUGUGUUGAUUUUCUUCUUUUUAUUGUUGUUGAUCUUCAAAUCUGCCCUGCAAACACGUUUUUGAACAUACGACCUUCAUUGCUCCAUUUUUCUUUCUUCAGUUUAGGAGUAUUUUGACAGGGGUUGCAGGUUUACAGUAGUCUCCACCACUAGCAAGCAUGUGGUCAUGUUUUAAAUUACCCAACAAUGGAAGAAACCCAACAGAAAAGGAAUCCAGAUCUCUCGAGAAGAAAAACCCAGAACAGGAGCAAUUCAGAUUCUUAAAGGGAAGAACAGACGAGGAAUCAUUCAUGUUAGAGAAUGGAGGUCGGAUAUUAGAAGAGCUAAUUUCUUCCUUCGGUGGCAAAUCAACUCCCUUCCGUAACUUCUCCAAGCAAGAACUCCAGAUUGCAACCAACAAUUAUGCUCAAGAUGGAGUUCUUCAUAGUGAUUUGACCUAUAAAUUGUAUAAAGGAACCCUAGAAAAUCGUGAAAUUUCGGUCAAGUGGUUUACUAAAAAUGAUGCUGAGAGUUUUAUCCACUGGUACAUAAAUGAACUCGCAGUCGCAUCGCAGAUGAAUCAUCAGAAGCAUGUUUUGAAACUUUUGGGUUGUUGCUUAGAGACCCAAGUUCCUACACUGGUGUAUGAAUUUGCAGAGAACGGAGAUCUCUCUGAUCAUAUUUACGAGAAGUUGGAAGCUCCUUCGAAGCACCAUCCACUAUUAACGUGGGAUAACAGGUUAAGGAUUGCGACUGAGGUAGCAGAUGCAAUAACCUAUCUCCACAAAGGUACUUCCAAGCCCAUCAUCCAUAGGGAAAUCAAACCCAGAAAUAUUUUCUUAGGUAAAAACUUUGUUGCCAAACUAUUCGAGUUUGGGCUUUCCAUAUCGAUUCCUUUGGGUGAAACAUAUGUAGAAUCAGAGGUUGUUGGGUCAAUUGGGUUCAUUGCUCCUGAAGCCUUCUCCACUGGGAGGUUUACAGAGAAGACCGAUGUUUAUAGCUUUGGAUGUGUAUUGCUUGAGAUUUUGACAGGUAGGAGGGUUAAUCAUAUAUUCGAGGAGGUGUUUGAUGGUGAAAACGAUACUGAACUGUUGGUUGAGCAGAAUGGAAAGGAUUGCGAUACUGUUAUGAAAACUGAAAAUGAUCUUGAAAGGUACUUAAAAGCAAAUAUCUUGAGGGAAAGAAACAGAGAGCAGUCAAUGGCAUGUGCAGAGCUUGCUCUGAAAUGUGUCAAAGUGAAUCCUGAGGGAAGGCCUACUAUGAUGAAAGUGGCAUAUGAGCUCAGAAGAAUCAAAGGUAUUCAACCCACUUCACAAUGAUAGCCUGUGAGAACAGAUUG